AUGGGUAUAGGCACCUGUGGCCUUUAUGUCCCUUUUGGAAAGAAAAAGAACAUUGUAGGUCAUGAGCAUUUGAGCCCCAAUCCUCAGAAAUAUGUUUCUGAUAGUUUUGAGUCUUCUCCUUCUCAUUCAAAUACUAAUAUGUUGUGUUCUAAAUCCCCAAGUGACAGAAAUUUGGUCACUGAGAAGGAGUUUUGUCAUCGAAGAAGUUCUUCAGUAGGUAACAUACAUAAACCCCCUCGAAAUAUUUUGACCUCGGGGAGGUCAUCUGAUGCAAGUCAAGCUGUAAAGCGGGCAAGUCAAGCUGACAGAGAUUUGGUCACCGAGAAGAAGUUUCAUCACCAAAGAAGUUUUUCACAAGGUAACUGUUAUGAAACCCCUCAAAAUAAUUUAGUCCCGAGAAGGGUAUCUGAUGCAAAUCAAGCUGCGAAGCAGUGUUUAAGUCCUACCAGAUGUCAGUAUUACGGCCAUGGAAAUAUCAUAAAGGGGUUAAAUAGCGUAACAAAACCCCAAAACCCUGAAAGUGUGGAAGAGAUCAACAAUUUGGGCAACAUGAAAUAUAGAAAUGGGUACUUUAAGGAGGCAAUACCCUUAUAUGAUAAGGCCAUUGCCUUGUGCCCUCAAAAUGCUGCUUUCCAUUCCAAUAAGGCUGCAGCAUUGAUCAGCCUUGGUAGAUUAACUGAAGCUGUGGAAGAGUGCCUAAAGGCAAUCAAAUGUGAACCAUCGUGUUCUCGUGCCCAUUAUAGGCUUGGAACUCUUUAUACUAGGUUUGGUCAAGUUGAUGAUGCAAGUUGGCAUUUCGAGUUAUCUGGGAAGAAUAUUGGCUCAGAAAUUAGACAGCGUCUAUUACGUAUUGAAGCUCACUACGUAAAUACUAACAAGGCCAGGAAGGUUAAAGAUUGGGAUGGGGUUUUGAGAGAAAGCACUUUAUGUAUUGAAGCUGGAGUAGAUGCAUCAAACCAGUUGGUUGCUUUAAAAGCUGAGGCUCUAUUUAAGCUUGGAAGGGUAGAUGAAGCUUUUGAAUUAGUAAAUGCUGAAAGUCAUUCAGAAGAAAGUUUGAGAAAGGAGUUAAGUCUGCAGAAAGAGCUGUGGACAUGGAUUCAACCCGGAAGUCUUUAA